UCCUGGAGCUCCAAUAUCAGCGAUUGAAACCCCCAACGUAACUAUCUGACUUGUCCACCAUCGUAGCGCCAUGAAGCUCACGCCUUCACUGCGAACUAGCGUCGCUGCCGCGUCGCGGGGGCUGGAUUUCACGCAUGCGGUUGUUGGGGGUGGUGUCGUGGGCCUUGCUGUUGCGAGGAGGCUAGCGGAGCGGGCCGGAGGGGAAACCUUGGUGAUUGAGCGGCAUGAGGAUGUGGGGAGGGAAAGCAGUAGUCGGAACUCGGAGGUCAUACACGCGGGUUUAUACUAUGGAAAGGAUAGUUUGAAGACGAAGCUCUGCAUCGAGGGACGGGAGCGCCUAUACGACCUCUGCGAGCGCUGGAACAUCCCACACAAGAAGUGCGGGAAGUGGAUAGUAGCCCAGACGUCGCAGCAAUUAGAAAAACUCCAACAAAUCCACGCCCUCUCAAACGACCUCAACGUCCCCACAUCCUUCAUCCCCCUCCCCCGCGCCCACACCCUCGAACCCCUCAUCCGCGCCCGCACCGGCAUCCUCGAGUCCCCCACCACAGGCAUCAUAGACUCACACACCUACACCCAGGCCCUCCUCGGCGCCCUCUCCUCCGCCGGCGGGGAUAUAGCACUAAACACCUCUCUCACCUCCGUGCGCGCCCUCCCUGACGGCGCGGGAUGGGAACUCACCACCCUCGACGCCGCGACGGGGGAGGAAUCUACGAUUACUGCUGCUACGCUUGUUAAUGCGGCUGGUCUGGGAGCGUGUGAGGUUAAUAAUAUGGUCCUUCCUGUGGAGAGGCAUAGGAAGGCGUACUAUGCUAAGGGGAGCUAUUUCUCGUAUUCGGGCAAGGCGCCGGCGAGUAGAUUGAUUUAUCCCGCGCCGGAACCCGAUCUCGCAGGGCUGGGAACACAUCUUACGCUCGAUAUGGCGGGACAAGCGCGUUUUGGACCGGAUGUGGAGUGGGUGGACUCGGCGGAUGAUUUGGAUGUUGAUGAGGGCAGGAAACCGGGGGCGGUGAAGGCGAUAAGGGAGUUUGUGCCGGGGAUUGAGGAGGGGAGGCUGGGAGGGGAUUAUGCGGGGAUGAGGGCGAAGUUGGGGGGGAAGGAAGAGGGGUUUCAGGAUUUUGUGGUGAGGAGGGAGGAGGGGUGUGAGGGGUUUGUGAAUCUGCUGGGGAUUGAGAGUCCCGGGUUGACGAGCAGUUUGGCGAUUGCGGAGAUGGUGGUUAGGUUGGUAUAUAAGGAGGAGUAGAGUGGGGAGAUGGGGACGCUGCACGAAAACGUUGUUUUUUGGUAUAUAGAGGGAUGAGGAAAGUUAGAAGAUGGAUUUCUGGCUCCUAUUUGGAUAUAGGGGCACGAGGCAUCAUGGUCAGCGUACCCGGGCCGAGGCUCUGGAACAAUAUAGUGGGACUGUAACAAAAAUUCACAGUCUCCAAUAUAGUAAAUAAAUACUUAAUUGAAGCGUG